AUGCGUUUCUGUCAAAUACUUUUUGGGUCAGCCAGAGUGGUGAGGUCAAGCAGUUCCAGACUUGGGAGUCCAAAAGGUCGUCAAGCUUUCAGCCUAACUCAGGCUGCUAUUGCAAGAAUAAAAGAACUUAUUCAACAAAAACCUGGUGCUAAAGCGUUGAAGAUAGGUGUUCAACAGAGAGGAUGUAGUGGAUUAACCUAUACUUUAGAAUAUGCUGACCAGAAAGGAAGGCUUGAUGAAGAAGUUGAGCAGGAUGGUGUAGUUAUUUGGAUUGAUUCAAAAGCUCAGUUAACGUUAAUAGGGUCUUAA